AUGGAAUAAAAAUUUGAAAUUUAAAAUAAUUCUAGAAGUAAAAAGUUAUCAAUAUUUUACAAAUAAACUCCAACUGAAUAUGAUAGUUCAAUAAAUGAAAUAAAUGAGGAAUAAAAUGAAAAAGUUAGAUUUUAUUAUAGAUUUUAAAUCAGCAAUAGUUAGCCAUAAAAAUUCCACGAAGGUGAUUAAGAUAUAUCAUGCAAUAGCUUUAAAGCUGAGAUAAAUGAUUUUUUAUAGAAAUCUCAAAUGAAUGUUAACACCACAAAUCAAUCAAUUUGCAAGACGCUACAAGAAGAAGUGGUAGAAAUGUCCUUAUAGGACUAUUUAAUGCAUUAACCAAAAAACAUUCAAUCUUAACAGGAAAGUAAUUAAAAUGAUGCUAUAAAAACUAAUAUAAAUGUCAAUGACAAUAGCCUAUCAUCUGAUUUUUAAGACGCAAAAAUAAUUCUAGAAUAAGGUUCUUCAACCAAAAGGAAGAUUAUAAAUGAUAAUAGCUUAAAUCGCAAUGAUGAAGUCUAAUCAAAUUAUUUUUAAUCUAAAAAUACGAUUAUAAAAAGUGAAACUAAAAAACAGCAUUCUUAAAUUGCCUCCGAACAUAAAAGUAUCAUCCAGAGUAAUUAGAACAUAAAUAAUAACCAUAUUUUGAUUCAAGAUGAUAUAUUCUACGAAAAAGACCUCAGAAAGUUAGGGACAAAAGUCAAUUUUGCUCUGCAAAGCUAAUACUAAUUUUAGUAGGACUUUAAAGCAGCAACAAUUUAUAAGUAGAACUUACAAAAAGCUGCUAAAAUAGUUAGUAGAUUAUUAAAUUCUUCUAUGAAUAGAGUUAUGAGAAUUAGAUAAUAUGCAAAUAAUUUUAUUAUCCUUCUUAAACUAAGACAUUAAAAUAGAAAAAUAGAGGGUUUAAGUAAUUAGGAGUUUCUUAUUAUCAAUGAUUUAUCUCACUUUCAUUUAAAUAAAAGCAAAAUUCAUUAGAGCUAAAAAUUUUUGAGGUUUCUUUUUGUUAUUUUAAAGUUUGCAAAAUUUUUUCCUACCUUUAUGCCAAGCAAUUCAAUAAGAGUAAUUUGGGAUGUAAUUUUAGUAGGUUUCACUUAUGUCUUUUUAUAUGUUUAUUCCUUAAUCAUAUUUUUUGAUUAGAAUUAUUUUGACACUGAAUUUUUGUAGAAGUUUAAUUUUACUAUCUUUACUCUCUUCUUAGUAGACAUUUUAGUUAAUCUUAACACAGCUUUUUAUGAGAAAGAUAUAAUCAUCACUAAGCGCAUGCUUAUAGCUAAAAAAUAUUUCUUCUCUUCAAUAUUUAUAACAGAUUGUGUAAGUAUGUUUAUGCUUGGUUAUAAAAUCAUUUACUCAAACAAAUCAGUUAUUUACGAUCUGAAGCAAAGUGUAUUUACAUUUGGAUUAAAUUCACUCAUUUUUCUGAAAGCAAACGGAAUUUCAAGCAAAAAAAAGAGAUUUGAUUAUGUAUUCACUUUAACUGAAAAUUAAAAACACAUUUGCAAACUCAUAAAUUAGUUAGCUACUGUAAUAACAGUUGCUCACUUAGCUGCAAUAGGGUGGUAUUUUGUUGGAGUAUAAGAAGCAAAUAAUAAUCAAGCUAAUUGGCUAGAAAAGAUUGGUAUUCAAUCUAAUUCAAUAUACCAGCUGUACAUCUAUGCAAUUUAUUGGUCAAUAACAACCAUGACUACAGUUGGAUAUGGAGAUAUAUCUGCAACUAAUUCUGUAGAAGCACUUUACAUAUCAAUUACAAUGAUUUUGUUCAGCUGUGUAUUUGCAUAUUCAAUUAAUAACAUAGGUUUUAUUUUAUAAGAAAUUGAGAAAUCUUCAAAACAAUUAAACGAUGAUCUUUCUACUAUUUAAAGAUAUCUGAUUAGGAAAAAUGUAAGCAUUUAACUUAAAAGUAGAGUAAGGCAUUAUCUAUCAUUUUUAGCAUAGGAAUAAAAAGACAGAGAUAAAUAAUAAGAAGAUAAAAUAUUAAGCGGGCUUUCAAACAAGCUAAGGAAUGAAAUCACUCUCGAAAUCAAUUCUAAAAUUUUGAACAACUAAAAUUUAUUUAGUUCUAAUUUUUCAAAAUCCACUUUAAAUAAAUUAAUAUUUAUAAUGAAAGAAAUUUUAGUAAAUCCAAAUGAAAUCAUAAUCAGUGAAGAUUAAUAAGAUGAUACUUCAAUUUACUUCAUUUAAAGUGGCAUUAUUGAAAUUUAUCAAUAAUAAAUAUAAAAGAAAGGAUAAAUUAGCGUCAUAAAAACUUUGACAGACGGUCAGAUAUUUGGUGAUAUUUCCUUUUUUUCUGGACUUUAAAGGCAAUCUUCUGCUAGGAGUAUAAACUUAUCCACACUUUAUAAAAUAAGCAGAGAUGAAUUUAUAGAGAUACUCAAAGAAAACAAAGAAGAUUUUGAGCGCUUUAAAAUGAUGGAGGAUCAAAUUAUAUUUUAAAAAGAAAAAUCUGUUAUUCACAACGAUUGUUAUUAUUGUAAAGACAGUAACCACAUUGCUAAUUAAUGUCCUAGAACUCAUAAGCUAUUUGAUAAACAAUUUGUAGUUUUAAAGCAUAAUUUUUCAAUCUUUUAAGAGAGAUCUUAAAAUCGAAAAGAAAAUCUAAAAAAAAAAUAAAAUGCAAGGUAAAACUUUAAGAAGAUUUAAGAUACAAUAGAUUGCUUAAAAUAAAACUUGGAAUUUGAUAAUGGAGAAAGCUUUUUCUUUUUUGAUGAAAAUUUACUAAGUUCUAAUGAAACAAUGUCUUAAUAUGAAAAUGAUGAAGAUGAAGACGAAGAUUCACAAAGUGAUAUUCCUAGUAAUUCUUUAGAGAAAGAUUAAAAUUAAAAGAAAAGCAUUAAAGGAUCAGUAAAAGAGAGAAUAGACAAGUCAUCUAAAAAUAUUCUGAAAUCUCAAAAAUCGUAUUAAACAAGCAAUGAUGGAACAGAAUAACAAUUCAAUCAAGACAAUUAAAUUUAGAAAUGCCACUCUAAUUUGGUUUACGAAAGCCAAGAUAUCCCUAAAACAAUCUUAAAUAUUGUUGAAUCUCAAUCAAGGAUAAAAUCAUCUUAAACUUUAGAUAGCAUAGAUUCAAAUAAUUAAGAAGAAUCUUCAAAAAAUAAUUUCAGUAGAUAAAAAAGCUAGUAAGAAUCAAAUGUGGUGCCUUGCAAAAAAGGCAGAUAUUCUGUUUAGCGUACAAAAUCUGCAAUAUAAUAGAAAACUAUUUAUUAGAAAGAAAUAGAAGGAUCUGACUAAAACAACUCAAAAAUUUUAGAAUAACAGAGGACUUGUAAAAAUAGUAUAAAUUCAACAAAUAUUGAAUUAGAAGAUUUAAAAAAAAAAUUACUUAGAUAAAGAAGUAAAAAGUCAUCUCAUAAAAUAUCUAGUUAACAUAAAGAAGAUUAAUUUUAGUAAUAUCACUAAGAAAAUAGCUAAGCUUAACAAAGUUUUAAAUCUGAAAGUAAUAAAAAGACAUCUAUUAUUUACCAUUCAUCUCAAUCUCAUAGAAACUCUUUUUAAAAAAGUUUAAAGUUGCUAAAUUAAAGCUAGAAAGAACCAAGAUAUUCUGUGGACUAAUAGAUUUAGAAUAUUGCUGCUUUGAUGCUUUUACAAAAUAAAAAUAUUUCUUCAUAAUAAAUAAAUAAUGUAAUUUACAAUUAGAGCUACUAACAAUACUCAAGUAAAAGUGAUAGCUCAAAAUUAUCCUUAAAAGAUAACAAGGAAUAAAGUUAAAUCUCUAAAAAAAGUAAUAGGCUUUCUUAUAACAAGGAAAACUCGUAAAAUAAUCUAUUAACACAAUAAUCAAUACGUAAAAAUAAAAAAUAAAUCUCUAGUAAUGAAUUAAUAAUUGACAGACUUUCUAAGAUACUUCAAAAUUCUUAAAUUCCACUUCUUCUACAAUUAACAACUGGUAAAAGUUUUCAACAUUUAGACUCCUAAUUCUUAGGUAAUCCUAUGGAUUAAUUUGAUAAAAUGUAAUGUUUUAAGAAAUUUUAUCCAGAUUAUAAUUUUGAUAAGGUAUUGCAAAAACUAAAAAGCUCGAAGUAGGAAUAAAAAAGACUUAAAAAAAUUAAAUUAGCUACAAAAGAACGUCGUUAAAAUAUAGGGUUUAAUAAAUUAUCUGUAUUUUAAGCAAAUUCUAAUUUAUUUAAAUUAAUUCCUUAAGAAUAUGAUAUUAAUCUAUAUAAACCAACUUAUCUUUCUUAUGGUACAAGAAUGAAAAAAGGAAAUAUUUAUCCUAUUAAUAAUUUUUACUAAUAGAAUAAUUGA